AUGGCCGAGCUCAGCUCCCAGCCGUCUCCCUUCGGGCACCUGACGCGGGAGCGGCACAUCCAAGCGCUGGCGAGGUCCUUGAGGAGGAAGGACGGGACGUCCCCCAGCUGGGAAGGCACAAGCCGAGCUAACCAGGCUCAAGAACUGGACUUUGGGAGCAGCCAGGGGAGCCCGGAUGCCCCUUCGAGUGCCGAGGACCCUGGCCACCAACUCGAGGGCCGGAGAUGGCCGGGAAGCAAGUGGGGUGGGACUGCCGGGGAGGAAGCCACCGAGUCGCCUCUGCCGCGGCUGGGCUGGCGGGGCAGGAGAGCCCGCAGACGGAGCCCGGAGCAGAGCUUGCAGCGGGUUCAGGAGGACGACGACGUUCCACCGCUCGGGCUGCAGGUGCUGGCCGGCGUCUCCCAGCUGCGCAUCACCGCCCGAGCUGGGCUACGCGGGUUCGCCGGGGACCCAGGGAGAACGUACGUGGUGGGCACCGCGCAGGCAAAGGGGCUGCUGGUAGCUAUCGAAGAAACCAGCCGCUUGUGCCUGCACCUGUGUGGCCCUGCCCGCUCCUGCCGCAUCCGCCUCCGGGACCUGCAGGGCCAGGACGUCCUGUGGCUCCGACGGCCCUUCGGGGCUGGCGCCAGCUGCCUGGGCUGCUGCCGGACAGAGAUGAGGGUGUUCACCGCCGGUGACCAGCUCGUGGGCAGCGUGCGGCAGAGGUGGGGCAUCCUUGCCCAUCUCUGGGACCUGCGUGACCCCUACGGCGCAGCCACCAUGAGGAUCCGAGGCUCCUGUGCGGCCAGCCGCUGCUCCUCCAACCAGGAGUUCCAGGUCACCUCCCGCGCCGGCAGCCCCGUGGCAGUGAUCUGGAAGAGGUGGCCAGGUUUCAAUGAAGACCAGAACAUGGACCAUGAGUUCUUUGGGGUGGACAUUUCAGCAAAGCUGGGAGCCGAGGACACCGCUCUCCUGCUGGCAGCAGCCUUCCUCCUGAACUUCAUGUUCUUCGAGAUGAGCUGAGGAGGCCUAGAAGAGACCUGCUGGGAGCCCUGCUAUGCCAGAGACACUGGGACUAGUCCAGCAGCUCCCCCCUGGAGUCACAGAAAUCCCAGUAGCGAGGCACAGGCUGCCGCUGUCUCGCAAACGCUGGAUCUCCUUUGGUGGCUGGGAUGGCGCUCGGCGCCUGGCUUCGCACACGCUGCUUUCACGAGGCAACUGGAGAACCUGGAGUCUGACGUACUUUCUGUUUAUCUUAGGUGUGCGCGUGGCCCCACCACCAGUGUGUCUGAGCCCCUCCCAAUCCUCAAUGCAACACCCCUCAGAGGCAGGGCAGGUAUCCCCAUUGUACAGUCGGGGAGCUAAGGAAGAUGCCUAAGGUCACGCAGGAAGUCGGUGGCAGAGCAGGGAAUUGAAGCCAGGUCUCCCAAGUGCUAAGCUGGAGCCCCAACCACUAGGCCACCCUACCUCUCCCGGGUCACUGUAAAAUCCAGCACUGACUAGGCCCAUUGCAGAACCCACGUCGCAGCAGGCACGCGCGCUUUUCGCACCCUGAACUCUACGGUACCUGGCGCUGGGAAUCCACGACGGCCCCAGCGUCACAAGGGCAGGCAGGAGAAGGAGCCAGUGAACGAUUCAAACCCAACACAAGCCGGGGGAGCGGACCGAGGCAAAGCGUUCGGACACGGGGAAGGAGUAUGCUGGGCUCAGGUCCCGAACCUACUGGGCGCCAUGACCCAUUCUUGCCACCGCCCUCCCAGAUUGCACUGAGUAACUGACACAGGAAGUCAAUUAAACCAUCAGAUCAGCUCCUGGUGGCCAUGGGGUUCCCUGUUAAAUCGAGGAAUGGGACUUUCCCUUUGGGCCGCUGGCAGCUGGGCAGGUGCGUCGGGAAGCGGGAGGGUUUGGUGCCAAACCACCCCAGGAACUCUUUGGGGAAUUGUUCCAGGGGUCAGCGGCCCCAUUCAGAAUCAGGGCUGCGUGGUGCUGGGUGCUGUACAGACGCAUACGAACCCGUGGUCCCCACCUCGA